AUGUUUCCACCACUCGAAGAAAGCAAGAGUGCCGCAUGGGCUAAUGUCCUGGCCUCUCGACGACAUCUCGUCAAAAUAACCGCCCUCCUCAUCGCCACCAUUUUUGCCCUAUCGCUCUGGGUAUUCUCAUCAGAUUUAUCAUACACAUAUCAAAGAAUAACAGCCCCGAAAUUCAAGCCCGAAACGUCUAGCUCCAGCAAUGCGUCAACAAGCACCUAUGACGCAGAAUCGCCACAAUUCACCGGUCCUACCUCUCAAGUAGCCGACUUUUGGAGUCGAUUGUCCAACGAACUUUACAAGGCUCAGCCGAAGGGUGAUCAGAUCGUCUCACCAAGGCCCCUUGAUCCGGAGCAAUUCAGCCCCUAUGGCUCCAAGGCUCAAAUCGACAUUGAUGUCCUCGAGUUGCCUACCGAACAGUUCGAGUCACUAAAGCAGACUCACCACGAUUACGUUCAAAGUCUUCGAUAUCUCGCCCCCGAUUUACCGUUUGUCCGCGACACUCGUGGUGUGGUGAUCACCGCAAGUGGCGCCAACUUUGGUAUCGCAGCCACGGCUGUGCUGAUGCUGCGCCAUGUCGGCUCCAAGCUCCCUGUACAGCUCUUUCUAGACUCGGCCAGCGAGUACGAGCGCAAGCUGUGCAACACUUCACUUGCCUCGUUAGAUGUACAAUGCCUCAACAUGGACGACUUCUUACACGUGCCAAAGUCUGCCAACUACACCACGCCGCAUUUCGAAAAGUUCGAGUUCAAGGCCUUUGCAUUGAUCUUCUCCAGCUUCCAGAAUAUCCUGUUCCUGGACUCCGACGCCUUUCCUAUCCGAAAACCCGAUUAUCUCUUCGACGUGGAACCUUACAAGAGCCAUGGUCUAGUAACAUGGCCAGACUUUUGGCUACCUACGAUAUCGCCUCUCUUUUAUGAGAUUGCAGAGGCACAGAUGCCCAACAGGACUAUGAAGUCACGAGCCUCCGAGUCUGGAAUAAUGCUGUACGACAAGGCUCGACACGCCGACAGCCUGUUGCUAGCGGCCUACUACAACUUUUACGGAAAGUACUACUACCAACUUCACUCACAGGGCGCAUGGGGAUCCGGCGACAAGGAGACGUUCACUCAGGGCGCCGUGGUGCUUGGGAAUCCUUUCUGGCAGGUCAAGCAAAACGCGAUGAUGCUCACCCCAGGAGAAAUCCACUACGGAAGCGGCAUAUGGCAGGCAGAUCCCGAGAUCGACUGGAAGAGCAACCAGAAGAAAUCCGGAAAACGGGAAAUACCCAUCACAACAACCAUGUUCGCCCACCUGAACAGAGUCAAGUUUGACACGAGACGACUCAACAGCUUACUGGACGAGUUGACAUCCGAAACGAAGGAGGGAGAGAAGGAGGAGUGGUCAAGGAUAUGGGGUCCAGACUACAAUUCGGUAGUGAAAAAGGCGGGUUAUGACCUGGAAAAGGUCAUUUGGGAGGAGGCCAUCAAGGCCACUUGUGAACAUUCUCUUUUGGAUGAGUGUGAGAGGAUUCGGAACUAUUACGAUACGGUGUUUGGGCAAGAUGCCUGA